AUGGCUGAUCAGCACGCCGCAGAGGUUGCCCAGCCUCAUCUCAAGUCCAGGCAGGCAUCCAGCGCAUCCUCCAUCUCGUUCGCAUCCGAAUCUUCCCUCGGCGACAAGCCAGAAUGGUUCACCAAGGACACUUCAGUUCAAUACCAAAAGACUUUAGCCGAGGUAGACCCUGCCGUCGACACGCCCAGAACUCUGACGAUUCUCGGGGCAAUGCUCUUGAGUCUUGUCUAUGUGGCCAUGACUCCCGAGCUCGACGACACCAUGACCAACGUCAAGAUCGGAGUGGUGGCUUCCAUUGGUGUCUUCUGCGUUUUCGGGAUGCUCCAGUUCCGCGACAGUCUGUUGUUGAGACCCCACCCUGCACUCUGGAGAGUUGUUUUGUCCUUGGGAGUCGUCUACCAGCUCUUCCUCGUCUUUUUGUUGUUCCAGAACAAGCACGAUGCUAGACGUUUCUUCACAUAUCUCGACCCUUCUCUCGGUGUCCCUUUGCCUGAAAAGUCUUACGGUGAUUCCUGUGAGCUCACUUACGAUAAUGUCGUGAGCCAAGUCUUUGACGAGUUCGUGUUGGCUCAUGCCCUUGGCUGGUUUUGCAAGGCUCUGAUCUUGCGCGACUACACCUUCUGCUGGAUCCUGUCGGUGAUGUUUGAGGUCAUGGAGUACUCGCUCUCUCACCAAUUGAACAACUUUGACGAGUGCUGGUGGGAUCACUGGAUCUUGGAUGUUCUCAUCUGCAACUGGCUGGGUAUGUACCUUGGUGUCAAGACCUGCGAGUACUUUGAGAUGAAGCAGUACUCAUGGCAGGGACUGGCCGAGAUCCCUACUCUCCGUGGAAAGAUGAAGAGAUCCAUCGCCCAGUUCACCCCCAAGUCAUGGACCAAGUUUGAGUGGGACAUGACCAAGAGCUUCAAGAGCUACUGCACCGUUCUCUUUAUCCUCGCCAUGUUUUUGAUUUGCGAGUUGGACGCGUUCUACCUCAAGACUCUUCUUUGGAUCCCCCCAGCACACUCUAUCAAUGUGAUCCGCAUCUUGUUAUACUUUAUGUUUGGUAUCCCUGGUGUGCGCGAGGCAUACCAGUAUUUCCAUGAUGUCAACUGCAAGCGCAUUGGACCUCAGGCGUGGUUGUUGAUUGGCAGCAUUGCUACCGAGGUACUGAUUGUGUGCAAGUUUGGUCAGGACGAGUUCCCCAACCCUGCGCCCAAGGAGGUCGUUUACUUUUGGGCUGCCUUCUUGUCACUCUUGACUGCAUUCCCCAUUUACCAGUUCUUCCUCCUGCCCAAGCUCCAAGGCAAUAGCAAAGGCAAGCUUAAAGCUCAAUAG